UUUCAUUUUUAUAAGAGUCAGAUUUUCAAAGUAUUCUCUCCUUUUGUUAGAAAAGGGCUAAAGUGGCCAAUGAAGGAGAAAAAACAAACCAACAACUUUUGAGAUCCUUUGCUAUUUCUACUGCUAACUUGCUUGACCUUGAUUAUUCCUUAAUCCACCAUGGAAACUCCUUAUCCAAACCCCAUUUCUCCCACCAAAACUCGAAUUGGAUGGAUUGGCAUCGGAGUUAUGGGCGCCGCCAUGGCCACUCGUCUCCUCUCCGCAGGUUACUCUGUCACUAUCUACGCUCGUUCUCCUUCUAAAGCUCUUGAUUUACAAUCCAAAGGGGCUCUUCUUGUUAACUCUGUUUUAGAAUUAGCUCAGACCAGCGAUAUUGUUUUCACAAUGGUGGGUCACCCAUCAGACGUUCGACAAAAUGUCUUAGACGACAAUGGGAUCCUACAAGGCUUGAAUCCUGGUGGGGUCAUCGUUGACACCACUAGUAGCCACCCCGCUCUUGCCCGCAACAUAUUUACCGCUGCUCGUGCAAAAGGUUGUUGGGCUGUGGACGCACCGGUAUCGGGGGGUGACAUUGGGGCUAGAGAUGGAAAGUUAGCCAUUUUUGGUGGUGGAGAUGAAGGGGUAGUGAAUUGGUUAUUACCUUUGUUUGAAGUGUUGGGGAAAGUAACAUAUGUAGGUGAAGCUGGGUGUGGGCAGAGUUGCAAGAUAGCAAACCAGAUACCGAUUUCGGCAAAUUUGAUGGGGCUGAGUGAAGGGUUGAUGUUUGCGGAGCGAGCGGGUUUGGACACAAAGAAGUUUUUGGAAGCUGUGAGGGGAGGGGCAGCAGGGUCAAUGGCAAUGGAGCUGUUUGGUGAGAGGAUGAUAGGAAGGGACUUUAGGCCUGGUGGGUAUGCUGAGUAUAUGGUGAAGGAUUUAGGAAUGGCUGUGGAUAUUGUGGAAGAAGGGGAAGAUGAGAGGGUCGUAGUGUUGCCAGGAGCUGCUUUAAUCAAGCAAUUGUUCUCUGCAAUGGUGGCCAAUGGAGAUGGAAAAUUUGGCAGUCAAGGGUUAAUCUCUGUUAUUGAGAGGCUUAAUGGCAAGUGAAGUGAAGAUUUUAGGGCUUAAUCUCACUUAAAUGUUGAAGGUUUUUAUGAAACUCUUACAUCAUAGCUUCUUUUGUGGAUUUGGCAUUGAAAGAUGCUUAGGAAAGCCAAUGUCUCUAUAUCUAUGUAUGUUAUGUUACUCCAUCCUUUGUGGCGAGAUCUAGAUUUUAUGCUUUUAAAUUUGGUUUAUAAACUUUGAUAAGUAAUGAUUUGUAAUGAUGUAACGACUUACUCUUUAUAGUCUAUAAAUAAAUUUGAGUUUAAACCC